GAUUUUAUUUUAAUUUUUUUUUCAACCAAACUCGAAGAAUGAUCCUUGAGUUUGCACUUACUAUGUUUUUGAGAGGCUGAAACUCUAAUUUUGCUCAAUUUUUUUGGGGGAAAAUUGUAACCGGAGUUCAAUUCAAAAGAUUUUAAAAAAUUGUGAAAAAAACUCGAAUUUCGGUCCCAGAAAAAGAAAUACGAAACCCGUUUGGCUUCAAGGGAACCCCUCCUGCAACAGUCCGUCGAGCGGAGGCAGAGGCGCACUCAGAGAGAGAGAGAGAGAGAGAUGGAGGGAGCGUCGUAUCAGAGGUUUCCGAAGGUGAAGAUCAGAGAGGUGAAAGAUGACUACAUGAAGUUCGAGCUCCGGGACACCGACGCCAGCAUGGCCAACGCCCUCCGUCGCGUCAUGCUGGCGGAGGUGCCCACCAUCGCCAUAGACCUGGUGGAAAUCGAGGUCAACUCCUCCGUCCUCAACGACGAAUUCAUCGCCCACCGCCUUGGCCUCAUUCCCCUUACCAGUGACCGCGCCAUGAGCAUGCGCUUUUCCCGUGACUGCGACGCCUGCGACGGCGACGGUCAGUGCGAGUUCUGCUCCGUCGAGUUUCACCUCCAGGCCCGCUGUAUUAACGACCAGACCCUGGAUGUCACCAGCAAAGAUCUCUACAGCUCUGAUUCUACUGUCGUUCCUGUCGAUUUCUCUGAUUCUUCUGGUUUCGACUCCUCCGAGCAGAGGGGUAUAAUAAUUGUAAAGUUACGUCGUGGGCAAGAACUGAGAUUAAGAGCGAUAGCCAGGAAAGGAAUUGGGAAAGAUCAUGCAAAAUGGUCACCUGCUGCAACUGUCACUUUCAUGUAUGAACCAGAGAUCCACAUCAAUGAGGAUAUGAUGGAAACAUUGACGCUGGAGGAGAAAAGAAGUUGGGUUGAAAGUAGCCCUACCAAAGUGUUUGACAUUGAUGCUAACACCCAACAGGUCAUUGUCGUUGAUCCUGAGGCAUACACUUACGAUGAUGAAGUGCUCAAGAAAGCAGAAGCUAUGGGGAAGCCUGGGCUUGUGGAGAUUUAUGCAAAAGAAGACUCUUUUUUAUUCACAGUUGAGUCUACUGGUGCAAUCAAAGCCUCUCAGUUGGUACUCAAUGCGAUAGAAGUCCUUAAACAAAAACUAGAUGCUGUUCGUCUGUCAGAUGACACUGUUGAAGCUGAUGACCAAUUUGGUGAGUUGGGUGCGCAUAUGAGAGGGGGAUGAUGUCAUCAGUGCAUAUGGCUCAUUUGAUCUCUGAAUUUCUUGGAGAUCAAUUGACUUCCAUCUGCUUUCUCGGGUUUUGUCUUUAAAAUUAGUGAGGUAUCCACUGUACUUCCUCUGCCACUUAAACUAUGGAUGCUAAUCUCUCUCUCUCUCUCUCUCUCUCGUUUAUGUUUUUGGUUAGAAUAUGCAUUGGACUCGAGUAGAACUUUAGAUGGGUAGCAGACCUUGGAGCAAUAUAGGUUAUCAUGAACUGUAAUCAUCUUUCAGGUGUCUUGAAAAUAUAAUGUUCUUAAACUC